AUGCUCAUCUUCACACUCACCUUCAAGCUCAACUUCACGCUCACCUUCACUCUCACCUUCACGCUCACCUUCACGCUCACCUUCACGCCUUUUUUUUGGAGGAUGUCUCAUUUCUUUCAUCGGUUUGCUAACCGCGAAGCAAUAGAAAAAUGUAAAUUGACACAGAGUGGCAUCCAAUCACAGAGUUGUGCAUCCAAGACAGGCACACUGAACGUCUUUAAAAAGUUUUUAGUUGCGACGAAGGAUAUUAUUACAUCCCACUCAGCUUCGAAAAACAGGCUGGCGAAAUUUUACGUACGAAAUCAUAUUGCGUACGGAGACGAGGCUAAGAAUGCGCAAACACCUGCACCCACUGACGUCGAAAGGAAGAGUGACUAUCGUAUCGCUACCUCUGCACAACUGAGUGGAUUAAAUGCCGAAGAUUUCAUCAUUAAGGACGAAGUUCACACGUUACAGCAAGAGAAUGUACCCCCCGUGCUGGUUAGAACGGUGUCAACCCCGUCACACACAGCGACUGAGAAGAGUGGCGAAAUGAAUGAGCAAAGCCCGCUGUCCCUUCCACUUCACGGCUUUGAGAGAUCUCGAGAUAUUGUUCGGUCAGUGGAGCCGGAUCAGAAUAUGCAGAACAACCAGAGCGAGCCAGACAACAUACGACCAAUACCGGAGGCCCUGUCUAUUGGUGAGGAUUGUGUCGACCGCAUAAUCAAUGUCAAUGAUUAUGAAUUAUCUGUCACCAAAUUUGCCGGAAAGGCCACAAUUAUGAUUGAGGAGCUCGGGAAUGCUUUGAGAGCCUUCGAUAGACAUCAGACUGAUGUCCUGGAGGAUCCAAAUCGCGUGCAUGGUUUGUCCCAGUUCUUUCUGCCUCUUCUCACCAAGCUCUUCACUCGCUGCUGCGUUUCUGAUAUCAAGAUGCCAAGUUUCCCUAUCAAGUGUGCCUCAAAGGCUUUUGAAAUCGGCUCUGCUACGAUUGACGUCGGUGCAUGCAGAUAUUUCAACCUUCCCUUAGACAACACACGUGAUGUAAAUCCAUUUCUACGGGCCGAGUUCGAUCCAGGAACAGGUCAGACACGAUAUAUCAUCCAUUUUGCCAUGCCACUAUUUGAGGAAAGUACACUCAGCAACCAGUACAUGCUCGUCUCCCAGAUUGACGUCACCGAUCCGUUGCGACGCCUUGCGGAGCAGGAGUUUAUUUGGAAUUAUGACACAAUGUCUGGAACCAUUCCUAGUUUAAUGACACAGGCCGAAUCAAGUUGUUCAUCAACUUCGACAUCCGAGUCGUCCUUCGCUACCACGGUGUCCCCUCAAAUGCAACGCUUCCUCGCUUUCAUCCAUCGUCUUGGUCGCCACCACUCUAAUGCGCUCAUAUUCACGGGAGGAAAUCGCAUAAACUCAACAAAUGGCCUCGUUUUAAUGCCUCCUGUCAACUGGCAACUCCGCUUCGCAACAAAAGGCAUGAUUGAAAAACCGUGCAUGCCGAACUUGCGCUCCACAGCACUUGCCUGCCAAGAUCACAUGAAUCGUGCAAUGGACCACGACAAUGCGUUUGUACAAGCUAUAGUUUGGAAUCGAGACAACCGUGAGGAAGAGUACAUCCAGUAUUGCAUUCCAAUGACGAAUGGACAAGCGGAUGGCGAGAAGUGGUGGGUAGGUUGGCCGAUUAGUCGAGAUUGCCCUGGAUUUUGGGGAAUGAGGAAGGAAGGGACGUUUGGUGACCUGACGAAGUAUCCAUUCUUGGUUUAGUCUUGCAUGGCAAAGCACGAAGUUGUAUGAUCAGAAAUUGAGGAUUGAAAUGGAGACUUUUGCUCGGGAUUAAGUCAGCAAAUGCUCCUUUCGUGGAUUCAACAGUGAACGUAUUUUUUUGCUGAC